UAAAAAGAAUGGCUAUGGUAGAAAUUUGUCUUCUCUUUGAAAGAAGGCGCUAGUAGGGUUUGCGGAUCGAUCGAUCGAUGAGUUCCAUUCUUAGCGAGGGCGACGCCGAGAGCAGCAGAAGCGGUCUAGAUCGACGAGAGCCGCGAGGGCCGGACGCUCUGGUGAUCGCAUUUCGGAUAUUUAGCGCUCUCACUGCGAUCUCGGCCUUGCUGUGCACUGCGGUGAGUGUGAUUUCGGUGGUGCGAGCCUUCAAGCAUGGCCGCGAUAUAUUUGAAGGGAUUCUUCGCUGCUACGCGGUAGUGAUCGCGCUCUUCGUCGCUGUGGCCGAGACCGAAUGGGAAUUCUUCUUGAAGUUCUGGCGUGUUCUUGAGUACUGGGUUGGACGAGGCAUGCUGCAGAUUUUUGUAGCAGUGAUGACAAAGGCCCUAUCAGAUGAGCACAAGGACCGUGCUUAUCAAGUGGUCUUUUCGGAAGUCGCUAGUGGAAUGCUCCUGGGAUGUGGUGCAGUUUACGUUGUAGCAGGCCUUUUGUGCAUUAGAAAAUUCAAGCGUUCCCGCAUUGAAAAAUCAAAAGAGCGCGAGAAGGCUGCUAAAGAUCUCGAGGAGCUAGAAAAGAGAAGGGGUGAAUUACAAGGCUUGCUCUCUGCAAGAGGUUGACGAUUUAUGUAUUUUAUGUAGUUUUACGUCUAAAUGAGACUCAGUUUCUGGCAUCUUCGCUA